CACCCAUUUGGAAGCCCCGGAUUAUUUAUGGCCCGCAGUAUCACAAUAUCGUUAACGUUCAGUCUUAUUAUCAGAAAAGAAACAGAGCACCAUGUCGAAGGAGCACUGGAUGCGGGAUCUGCCUAGUGAAUUGCGCGACCUGUCCAUCAUCAAUCUGGCCAUUCCAGGUUCCCACAAUUCAAUGACAUAUGGCAUAAAUAGCAAGUCCAAACUAUCGCCUGACGCGGAAACAGCCAUUAGGCGUUGGCAUCGCUUCUUUCCAUGCUUUGUGCGCCGCUGGAGCAAAAAUCAGAACUCCGGGAUAUUGGAGCAGUUGCACUUAGGUGUGCGCUACUUCGACCUGAGGAUAGCCCAGAAGGAGGACAAGUUCUACUACUGUCAUGGCCUUUUUGCAAUGGAGGUAUUUGAACCACUACUAGAGAUUCGCCAGUUCGUGGAGACCCAUCCCGAGGAGCUGCUCAUCUUGGACCUGCAGCACUUCUACGCUCUGACAGUGGCUCAUCACCAGCAGCUGCACAAGGAGCUUAUCCAGUUUUUCGGCCACCGUCUGUACUCCACCGCCGAUGGCUCCCUCAAGGAUUGCACUCUGAAUCGGUGUGCGGAGAUGCAGCGCAACCUGGUGAUCAUCUACAGGCGGUGUCCCAUUCCGCUGCCGUUAAGAUUCUGGCCCAGUUAUAGUUGGCCCACACCAUGGCCCAAUAAAGCGAGCGUCAAGAAGCUGCAAUCCUUUCUGGAGGACUCCCUGCUGUCGCGACAACCCCAGCAGGGAUAUGUCUCUCAGUGCCUCAUCACGCCCACGGGUCGAUAUAUUGCCUUGCGACUCUUCUUCACCCUGAAAAGUACAGCCAAGCGGGUGGACAAGAAGCUGCAGCCAUGGAUUCAGGAGCAGAUUCCGGGCCCGUUCGAGCCAAAAGAGGACCCUAGAGUGAAUGUCUUCCUUGCCGAUUUCGUCAACCUCAAGGAUGGACAGUUCUGCAAUUGGGUAGUGGAGCUAAACACAAAGUUACAAGGGCAAGCAACCGAUAAUCUGGAAAAAGAUAACCCUUGAGAGAGAUUCUUGUGCCAGAUACUAAUCAGAAUGCAAUUAAUUAAUGGGUCUUAUGCACAGUACUAUCAGAUUAAGGCCCUUUUUAUAUUUUUAUAAACCAAUAAUUGGAUGUUAUUACAAGUAUUUAUACUUAGAUCGAAAAACGUUUCAUUUGGUAAACCCGUGAUAAGCUAAUGGUAUAAACCCAGUGAUAUUCAAGUUGGUGAUUUAAUGUGCAAACAAUUUUGAAAAUGAAUUGCAAGUUAAAAUAUUUUGAAAACUCAACCUUGUCAUUGCUAAAACAGUUGUAGAUGCAAGUCAUGGCGCAAGUUAUGAAUUUAAUAUAUAAGCAAUUUUUUAAAUUAGCUUUAAGGUUUCUAUGAAUUGUGUGUUAAAAUACUAUAUAAUGCUAAACCUUCGCUCAAAGAUUCUUAAAAAAAACACAUUGAUGUAAAUCAAGGCAUAAUUCAGUUUCUUUUGAUGGUGCUAUUAAUAUUUUAUUUUUAAAAACCAAUAUACAAAAAUAUAUAUAUUUAAAAACAUAAAAACAAGCGCAAA